AGCAUUGUUGUAGCGCUGAUGAUUUAAACAGAAGAGAGGAACAAAUUUUUAAUUUUGCAUUUCUUCUCUCUAGUAAUGCUUAAAAAAAAAAUUUUCUCUGGGUUAAGAGACAAAGUUAGUGGGAUUUACGGACUAGCUUACUGGUACAACUGCAAGAAACCAAUUUAGGUUAGGUUAGGCUAGGCUAGGCUGGGUGAGGAGCAGGGCAAAUGGAGUGAAGAUACUUGGGGUUAGAAAGUCCUUUCUCGGGAAGUGCAGUGUUGUUCCUGCUUAGUGCUACAUACGGUGACGUCAUGGGGUGGGGGAAGAGGAAAGAGGAGGGGUGAUCUCCUAUCGAACAGCUGGUGCAGCUGUAGGGAGAAAAAAGGAGAAAGAUCAGGAGCAGCAGCAGCAGCAGCAAUCUGACCCCUGCAACAGCUUUACCAUGAACACCUACCUCUUUGUGUAUGACUUAAUGCAAUUCUGUGGACAUUCCUGGAUAUUUACAAAUAUGAUCAUCAGGUUCAUGUCAUUUGGAAAAGGACUUGUAAUGCGCCUUUGCCAGCUGUUGUCUAUAUUGGAGAUCCUACACAUCCUCACCGGCAUUGAUAAAAGCCGUCUCUUCCCAAGGAUUUUGCAGAUCGCUGAGAGAAUAAUUAUUUUAUUUGUCGUGAUCAACAGUCAGGAAGAAGUUCAAGGGAAAUAUGUCGUGUGUGUUUUAUUUUUCCUUUGGAAUUUAUUAGAUGUGGUCAGGUACACUUACAACAUGUUAGCAAGGAUGGGAAUAUACUACCUACCACUGACAUGGCUCAACUUUUCACUGUGCAUCCCGCUCUAUCCCCUUUCAGUUCUGGCUAAAGCAUUUGCAAUUUGUGUUUCACUGCCGUAUUUUGAAUCCUUUGGCACAUACUCCAUCAAGCUACCAUUUCCAUUCGCCUUUUCAAUCUACUUCCCCUAUGUUCUGAAAAUGUACCUGCUAGUGCUCUUUAUAGGUAAGUAUCUCAUAUUCCAGAAAGCUGGGUCUCAACACAACGGGGUUGCCUACAACAACAAAAAAUCAAAUCAGUAUAGCUUCUUUCCCAAACUCUCUCUCUGCCACAUCUCCUGCAGACCACUACAGGGAAGCUUAUCACCAGCUGUCUUGAUUUCUGAUGUCUUUCAAAUACAAAUAAUUGAAUUUGCAAGAGACACUGUGUGUGAGAGGCAUAAAAAUACAAACCAAAAAUAUAGAAAUUGCUUCAAUGAUCCUGGCCUUACAACUACUUAACUGAAGUUUGCUUUUUUUUUUUUCCUUAAAAAAAAAUCAAUUCCCAUUUGACCAUACCAUCACUCUGUGCAACCCCUCCUCACUCAUUCCUCCUAGCUGGUAUGAGAAGUUUUAUCUAAAUUAAGACUUUUAUAGCUUGAUUAUCCAAAGGGGUGAAAAAAGACCCCACCCCCAAACCUGCAUGUAAAUAGACCCCUUCUUCUCAACAAAAUACUUUUGAAAAAUUUGAACUGAAUUUUCCUGCAUUACAGCCAAGUCUUCGUUCUGUCAUUGGCUUUAACACUAAUUUGAAGGAUCUCAUCUUUGUGAUGCAGUGUUCCUAAGUUCAUGGAAGGAACUGGGCAAAGUUGCCAUAUGAAGGCUCAUACUGUUCCUUCUAAAUGAACUGAAGACACUUUGGACUCUACUCCCUUGUUCUUACACCAUUUUGUGUUUUGAUUCAGGUAUGUGCUUUAUCAUCCAGAACCUCUUCUCCGAAAGGAAGGCACACCUAGGGACAGGCAACAUCAAAAAGAAAAGAAGCUAAGUUGAUAUUUUGUUUGGAAAUAAGAAAUAUAUACCCAGUGGGCUGCUGCAUAUCAUAGGUUAAAAAGAAAUUAGACAAAGAUUUUCAAUGCAAAACUUCUGUUUGCGUGUACAUUAUCUGUCUGUAUAGAAUUUUCAGAUAAGGCAGGUCUCUUUAAUGCACCUCAAAAAUAACGCAGCUCAAAAUAACUAGUUACUUUGAAAGUUUUGACUUCAAAUGGCAGUAGUUUUAAAAAUAAAUAUAUUUUUUCUAACAUAUAUUAGAGAACGCUGAAAAAAAUUGAAGUGUGCCUCCACUCACAAUCACACCAACAACCUUUAUUUUGGUGUUAAUUCUUGCCUCAUUAGCAACAGAUAUUCUGUAAUGACAAAAUCAAUUUAAUCUAUACGAUUAUUUUAUAUUAGGCCAACAUGUAUGUGCCUCAUAUAUAUAAACGCUAAAUUGGCCAGAACUGGAAUCUCUCAAGGAGCAGAAGCUGGAAACUUUGCAACCUAUGAGAGUCACAUGGUGAUAAGCCCCAGGCAUUCACAAAGGAUCCCUCACAUUCUUGUCCAACCUUCACUUCUCCAAACAAGAUUCCAGAAAAUGCAGCUAAACCACAAAGGCAAGUGAUCAGGUACUCAUCUAUGGUAUAUUCAAGGGAAUAUUUAAGGAUCAGAAGUAAAAACUUAUAAUCAUGCGACUGGCAGACAUCAAGAAUCUCUUUCCCCACAAUGAUUUUCUUCCAUGCUGAACAGCAGACAGAUAUGCAAAAGAAGUGUACAGUAGUCAGGCCAAAUAUAUACUGUUCUUUAAAGGGAAGUGAAUGACUAUCAAAAGCUAUGUGCAAAAUUCUAACCAUUUUACUGAAGUGCGUUGCUCCUCAUACUUCUGUAGACUGACUAUCUGUGAGAAUGCAAGUAGAACAUAGUCUCUUCAAAGGCUGGGAAUAAAGAAUACAGACAGUAACCCAGUGGACUGUACAAGCAAAAAUGGACAAAUAACUGCCUAGAGGCUGGCAGGGGCUCUUCUGAUAUUUCAUCCAUAUUGACUAUCGCCUACAUUUGAAUUCAAGCAGGUGGGGGAGAAAAGUGAGGCUAUUUUUUUGAGCUUGACUGAAAACUAAGGGGAGGGAGGAAAGAUAAUAGUUGGAGGAGGAAAGAUAAAAGUUGGAGGGAAGAUAAUAUUUAAAGGGAAAAUGAACACUAUCACAAUAUGAAGAGGCUUUUGCCUGUGUGACUUUCUAAACCAUGCAGCCUAAGAGGGUAUGUAAGGAAAGAGUGAAGCUGGCCUCAAUGAACUCAUUUGUU